AUAGCAGGCCAUGUGAUAUCGCAGACCUCCUAGCUGUUCUCAUUCCAUUCAGGGAGCAACGCGCGGUUCUUUGCGGCGACAACGAUUCUCGAUUUAUAUUCACAUUUUUCUUCCUUUCGCAUCUAACGUUUUCAAUCGCAACACUUACGAAGAUGUACAGACUACCGAAUAUGUUACGAGGCGUAGCCCUGCGCCAGCUGAAUUUCCACUCUAGAUCUUAUGCCAAAGAUGUUCGUUUCGGGCCCGAAGUUCGAGCUUUGAUGCUGCAGGGGGUGGAUAUACUAGCUGACGCGGUAGCUGUAACAAUGGGCCCUAAAGGUCGUAAUGUUAUUUUGGAACAGAGUUGGGGAAGCCCUAAAAUCACCAAGGAUGGAGUAACAGUAGCCAAAGGAAUAGAGCUCAAAGACAAGUUUCAAAACAUUGGAGCAAAGCUAGUACAAGACGUUGCCAACAAUACUAAUGAAGAGGCUGGGGAUGGUACGACAACCGCAACUGUUUUGGCCAGAGCAAUCGCCAAAGAAGGUUUUGAGAAAAUCAGCAAAGGUGCUAACCCUGUUGAAAUUAGACGAGGCGUUAUGCUGGCAGUAGAGCAGGUAAAAGAGGAGCUGAAGAAAUUGAGCAAGCCUGUUACAACACCGGAAGAGAUAGCACAGGUAGCUACUAUUUCUGCCAACGGAGACACAGCAAUAGGCAAUCUUAUUUCUGAUGCUAUGAAGAGAGUCGGAAAGGAGGGUGUAAUUACUGUGAAGGAUGGAAAAACCCUUACCGAUGAGCUGGAGGUCAUUGAGGGAAUGAAGUUCGACCGUGGAUACAUCUCUCCAUAUUUCAUAAACUCGAGCAAAGGUGCUAAAGUAGAGUUCCAGGAUGCGUUGGUGAUAUUUAGUGAAAAGAAGAUCUCAUCUGUUCAGAGCAUAAUUCCUGCUUUGGAACUAGCUAACUCGCAGCGCAAACCUCUAGUUAUUAUUGCUGAAGACAUCGACGGAGAGGCUCUGUCCACACUGGUCGUCAACCGUCUGAAAAUUGGCCUCCAAGUCGCUGCUGUGAAGGCACCUGGAUUUGGCGAUAAUCGUAAGGCAACACUCCAAGACAUGGCCAUAUCUACUGGUGGUAUUGUUUUCGGAGACGACGCUAAUCUCAUCAAAUUAGAAGAUGUUCAGAUGAAUGACCUCGGUCAGGUUGGCGAGAUUGUCAUUACUAAGGAUGAUACUCUAAUUCUGAAAGGUAAAGGUAAAAAAGAAGACAUUGAUAGGAGAGCAGAACAAAUUCGCGACCAGAUUGCCAAUACCACUUCUGAUUACGAGAAAGAGAAGCUCCAAGAACGUUUGGCCAGACUUGCCUCAGGUGUAGCAGUUUUGAGGGUUGGUGGUAGCAGCGAAGUAGAAGUCAAUGAAAAGAAAGAUCGUGUUCACGAUGCACUUAAUGCUACUAGGGCUGCCGUUGAAGAGGGUAUUGUUCCUGGAGGUGGAACUGCCCUUCUCCGUUGCGUGCCUGCCCUAUUAAAGAUGAAGGCGAACAAUUCUGACCAGGAGACUGGUAUUAAAAUUGUUGCACAUUCGCUGCGUAUGCCAUGUCUUCAGAUAGCACAAAAUGCAGGUGUCGACGGGAGUGUGGUUGUCGCCAAAGUGAGCGAGGGCACAUUGGGUUAUGACGCAUUGAAUAACGAAUACGUAGAUAUGAUUCAAAAGGGUAUAAUUGAUCCAACAAAAGUUGUACGUACCGCACUCACCGAUGCAGCAGGAGUCGCGUCUCUUCUUACAACAGCAGAGGCUGUUGUUACGGAAAUUCCUAAGGAAGAUCCACCGAUGCCUGGUGGAAUGGGCGGAAUGGGCGGAAUGGGCGGAAUGGGCGGAAUGGGUGGAAUGGGGAUGUAAUAAGUUUUCAAAGACUGAGCCAAAUUCAAAUUAUUCGUUUUAAUUAUUCAUUCGAGACUAGAGAAUCACGGGGAAUACCAUAUCCCAAGUUUCAACACAGUGAAUCAUUGGAUAUUACUACUUCAAGUGAAGGUUCACCCGCAGAAAAAUGAAAUUAUUCAAUCUAACCAGGUGUUAGAUUAAAACAGAAAAUGUCAUAAUCUGGAAACUGAAUAUUAUAUCUAGUAUGAUGAAUGUUGGAUACAUUUCAUGGGUCGUGGGAAUAGUUGCCUGGGUUAAAGGCGCUGUCAUAACAAAGCAAACAGUCUGCAUAUAUAUCUCGGAUAUAAGUUGAUCAUGAGACAGCACGAGUCUUCUUUACACCCACUAAUUUGUCACAUUUUUUGUUUUCUUUUAUUUUAUUUUAUACUUUGCAAACAAAUUUCAUCUCCUAUUAUUUACUUUGGCAAAGGUCAUCUAAAAUCCCUAGCUAACGAACGGCGGCUAACUUUAUCUUUUUAGUCGAAACAUGUUUUUGGUUGAUGAUUUAAAGAGCGUGCGAGCGGACUGUGAGAGUACGUACUCGUGCACAAUGCAUUUUGCGAAUCUUUCUCUCGUUAAACGUAUGAAGGAGUUCGUUUAAUUAGGAUAAUCUAAUUGUAAAAAUGUUAUCACCUGCUAACUACUAUGAUAGGAUAAUGAUACGAGUUCUAUGUUACUUUUUUAAACAUUAGUCUUUACUUUCCAGUUUGUAGUCCAAUAAAAGUAUGUUUAAAUGAAACGUUAAA